CCCAAUGGCUAAGAGAAAUCUCUUUGCCUGUAAUGCAAAUUAUGCCGAUACCCCGCUAUUCAGUAUGUCGGAUUUUGAAGGGGAAAAUAAAAGGAUAAAAAAACCCCCAGUGAGUCCGGCAACGGAGUUUCUUCUCGAAGGUGCACUGCAGAACAUUCAAGAUGAUGUAAAGGGUCUCAAACGAACAACAUCUGAAAGCGGCCAGCUUCAAAAAGUAUUUGGGGUUCGACUGGACAAUAUGGAGGAGAGUCUAAACGAAGUUAGGAUCACUUUGGACAAUAUAGCGCAUCAUCUUUUACCAAGAAAGCCAUGGUUUACGUACACCUUCGUAACGGAAGAAACUGUAGAAUCACUCUAUCAAACUCAUAUGAAUAAUCCUUCCCGGUUUGCUGCUGCCUUAGAAUCCCUGGUCUACCUAAAUGAUCCCAGUGAAAUGCAAAUUGCCGUCAACAAACGGGAACAGUCAGAAGCAAGGAUUCAGUUCAUAAAAAAUUGUCUAUUCUAUCACUUCAACGUCUCGCUCCAAUUACAAGAUGAAGUCUGGAAAAGUGUACGAGUUACACUGGAUGGGCGGGCUAGUCGAAAUAGGAGGAGUGGGAGAUUUACACCCAAUAAGUCUGGUUUUCGCACUUCUACACCAAAAUUACUUGACAUUGUAAAUCAAUAGGUCAUCCGAGCUUUUAUAUUAGCAUGUAUGUACGCAGAGAUAUAUGAAAAAUAUAUUUAGAUUUUUAUUUGAUUUGCUUUAGGGCAGAUUAUUGUUUGUAGUGCAUUUUUGCGUUUUGACUUGUUCGAAUACAAUCUGCAGAAUGUAUGGAUCUUCGCUUUUUUUCCUGUUUCAAAGAGGAAAUAAAGACUUACAAG